CGUACAGUAAAACAAAACAGCGAGAGAGGCAGGGAGCGCGUGAAACAUCUUGCUUAUUUCGAUCGAGGUUAUUAUAACGUGUCUCGCCGUUUUUCGGUGAAGCGCAUGCGCACUAACAUGUCUGGAAUCUGCUGCAGCUCGCACUACAGGGCUGAAGGGUCGACGCUGCCUUGGUAACGUAACAACACACCGACUGGGCAAGAGUUGGGGACCCAGAUAUCCUUACAUCAAAGGCUUCUUCCUCCUCAUUUCCUCUCCAUCCAUCCCUCCGUCCCUGUUUCUCCCAUCAUCAGCCGAAUCUGGGCGGCUGUUCCUCCGCUGUUAUGGACCCGUGGAUAUGAAAUCCAGACAGGACAGAAAAAUCUACAAAAAUAAGAAAGAGAAGCUACAUUGGUGAGCCACUAUGCCGUUGGUAAAGCGCUGUAUAGAGCCCAGACACCUGUGUCGAGGUGCUGUACCUGAUGGAGUCACCAGUGAACUGGAGUGUGUUACCAACAGCACCCUCGCUGCCAUCAUCAAACAGCUGGGCAGCCUAAGUCGUUAUGCAGAGGACAUCUUUGGGGAUCUGUUCAACGAAGCCAACAGCUUCUACAUGAGAAUGAACAGCCUCCAGGAGAGAGUGGACCUACUGGCUGUCAAAGUCACACAGCUAGACUCUACCGUGGAAGAAGUGUCUCUGCAGGAUAUCAACAUGCGUAAGGCAUUUAAGAGCAGUACCAUCCAGGACCAGCAGGUGGUGUCACGGACCUCAGUCCCUAACCCUGUUGUAGAGAUGUACCACCGUGGUGACAAACCUCCGCCUCUCAACAUACUCAGCCCUUAUAGAGAUGAUAAGAAGGAUGCAUUGAAGUUCUACACAGACCCCUCCUACUUCUUCAUGCUGUGGAGAGAGAAGAUGCUUCAGGCUACGGAGGACAAACGGAAGGAGAAGAAACGGCAGAAGACCAGCUGUCCAGCCCACUGUGACCAGGGUAGACCCCACAGCAGACAGGCUCCACCACGCAGCCCACUGCCCAGCUCCGAGCAGCAGAAACAGGUGGAGGAUCCGGGCAGAGAGGUGAAGAAGGUGAGGAAGGCCAGGAAUCGCAGACAGGAGUGGAAUAUGAUGGCCUAUGAUAAGGAGUUCCGCCCGGACACACGACUCACCCCCUCACCCUACCACGGAAUGUCCUCCGAGGGGUCAUUAUCACCUGAUAACAGGUCGAUGGCAUCAGACAUGGGCGAUCAUUCCUACCCUGCCAGCCCUAACCACCCCUCCCAGCCCACCUCUGCCCCCCACCCCAUCGAUGGUGCCCCCCACCUCACCCAAGCCCCCCAGACUCAGUCUCUGGACAGGGGAGGGUACCCCAGAGCCAACCCCCCCUCUGGGGCGGCCGCCGCCGUACGGCAAAUCGCAUCACUGGGGCGCACCCAGCCCCCCCACCCACCCCCCGCCCAGUCCGAGGGAGGGGCACUCAACGGUCCACGUCAGCAGUCCGUCAAGGACUACAGGGCUCAUGGCGGCCAGCCAUCCACCAUCCCGGAGUACUUCAUCCCCCCAGCCCCUCCCCCUCCUCCCCCAAUCAUCCCCUCCGCCCAGACUGCCUUCGACUCUACCUCCUCCUCCUCCCCCCUCCCUCCCCCCUCCCUCCCUCCUCCCUCCCUCCCCCCCGGGGCUGUGGCCAUCAUGUCCCGUUCUUACAGUCCCUCCCCUCCUCCUCCCGCCCCCCCUGCCCACUAUGUCCCCUCCCCCUCUCACGCCCCUCCCGCUGCCCCCCCUCCUCCCCCACCAGGCCUGCCCCCUUCCCACAUCCUGUCUCCGGCUCACGCUAUUGGUGGGUCUCAAGGAGAAGCUCCGCCUACCAGGAAGGGCCAGAUGCCCAUGAUUCCGAUAAGCGAUGCCCGCAGCGACCUGUUGGCUGCCAUACGUAGAGGUAUCCAAUUGAGGAAGGUACAGGAGCAGAGAGAGCAGGAAGCGAAGAGAGAGCCCGUAGGAAACGACGUGGCCACCAUUCUCUCACGUCGCAUCGCUGUCGAGUACAGCGAAUCAGAGUCUGACUCCGGCGGGGAGGACAACGGGGAGUGGUCCGACUGAGAGGGGUCAUAGGUCAAGGGGUUAGGAUUUUGAGGAAAUGGGGUCUAGUUUGGUCUGGAAGGACGGGAGUGUAUGGAGGGAUUUUAGUGCCCCCCCCAAAAAAAUUCUGUCUCAAUAUCACUCUACAGAAUUGUGUCUCAAACUCUUUCUAUCUUUCUUUCCUGUAUUCACAGAUCUGAAACGACUUGGUAGGUGGAUAGGCAAUUAUGAUGAUGUUUUAGCUUCGGUCAGAUCUAUGGACACUGAAGGGGGAGAAGAAUGAGGCCAUAGAAUACACCCCCCCCCCCCCCCCCCCCCCCUCCCAAUCACUCAGUUAGCCAGUCAAUCAACCAUUCAAUCAUCAAUGUUACGCUCCAGUAUUACAGUACUUAGCAGUGAGCAGUACAACACUACAAAACAUAUUACAGUACUUAGCAGUGAGCAGUACAACACUACAAAACAUAUUACAGUACUUAGCAGUGAGCAGUACAACACUACAAAACAUAUUACAGUACUUAGCAGUGAGCAGUACAACACUACAAGCCAUGGCUAUGACCUUGCUGAGGUAAACUAAAUGGGGUUGGUUGAGGAGCACAAGUCAGCUUGUGUCAAGAAGGUGGGUGAUAUGUUUUUUAUUAAGUUAUUCCCUCAAUUCUUUCUUUCACGUGGCUCAUACAUAACCUAGACAGGAGUACAUCUGAGAAGAGUUACGGGGUCCAAAAUGGCACCCUAUUCACUACGUAGAGCACUACUGUUGACCUGGGCCCGUAGAGCUCUGGUCUAAAGUAGUGCACUAUAUAGAGGAUAGGGUACCGUUUGGAAUGCACACUGUGACUAAAAAGAUGGAAAUAUAUACCCAUGGCAACCAACUCCAAUUAUCGGAAGGUUCAGCUGGUUGCCCUGAACAAUGCUAAAUCUAGAACUCAAACAGACGCGGUUCCGGUAGAUUCUUACCACAGAGCGCGGGGGUGUUGGGGAGGCGGUGCUGUGACGCGUCCCUGAGAUGCCACAUUUGUGUGAAACUGCGUAGGAUCACACACACACACACACACACACACAACAAAAAUGUAGGAUCCCACCUUUUCUCCACUUGUAAACAACAACAAGAAAAACAACCUCAUAACCAAACAAAACCCAACUGACAAAAGACAAUACCAGUGUGCAGUGCUUUUUUAAAUAUGGCUUUACAGUUUCACCGCCUCAUGUUUUAAAAUGGAUGUUUUAAGAGAAUCAUAAAAAAAACACUAUAUAUAUAAAUAUAUCAAAUAAAACACAACAUAGUUUUACAUCGAGCAACAACUACUCCGUAUGGGGGUCAGUGAGAUUUGAGUAUGAUGCGGUGGGUUGACUUAUUUUCAAGGGCAAGUUUUCAGCGCACAAUGUAUUGUGGGAAAUGUAGUCAUCAAUCACAAUAUUAGACCAGUUUUAUUCUGUACUGAAGCCUCUGCUUGUGGUGUACUAUGUGAAGUAGCUUUGUACAGAUGCACAGAUGCCUAAAUCACUUCAUCCAACGUUACUCACAAUGCUUACUGUAUUUGCUCAGUGCUUGUAGAGCAGGGGUCUCAAACUACAGGCCCGUGAUCCAAAAGCGGCCCCUUAGCCGAUUGAAAUAAUGUUGCACCCUGGGCAAAAUUAUAUUGAGACCACACUUGCAGAGGAUAUAAUCGUAACAUCAAAAAAUAUUUUUUUCAAGUAUGGGUUUUAAACUAAUGAAGAAAGACAUGGAGAAAGACACUGAAAAUACUUCAUUUUGCAUUUUUGUUUCAAUGUGCCACUGAUAGCAAAUAAACAGGGACACUGCACCAUUUAAUAGCACAUCUAAACUAAGUAUACAUACAGCUCGUUUGGGGAUGAAGUUGAAUCCUAGACAAUGAUCUAAGAGCAGUUUUAUGGUUUUCCCGCUAAUAGUUAAGGUUACGAUUGGAGGGUGGGUAAGCUGAUCCUAGAUCUGUAUCUAAUAGAAACUUCAGUGUACUGUAGAAGCACAGCUGUGAAUGUGAAAUUGAUUAACUAAAUGUUUGUAUAGGGAGUUGUCCACCUCAUUUUCGAACGCUUUUAAAAGAUGAAGCCAAACGCGGGAACUACGGCAACAUCUUUCUCCGCGCUUGCGCAUUAUCAUAAUUCAUAUGCGCGCCACUAGAAAUUCCUGCAUUAGUAUGUUUCUGUUAGCGGAGACAUCAUGACAAAAUACCCCAUGUAUUACUGUCCUGCUGAUGUGCCUGGACCGUGUAGGCUAAACUGCUCAUUAAAAACACAUAACUGAUCCAAAUGGUCGCCCAGUCAGGCAUGUUAGUUUGAGUUAUUUCCAAAUUAAUAUGUAUUCAAAACGCCAGGCUUUUGAGCGGUUAUUCAAAUGACACACGGUAUUCACUGCAGUUAUAGCCUAGACUAGAGUUUUGUACGCACUUGAAAACAAUAAUAACAUAAUUCAUUACAUUGUGUUGUUAUAGCCUAGGUAGGGUACAUUUCUUGUCCCUAUAAAACAAUAGGAUAGCUUUCAGAGCUGCUACCCACGGACGUGGAGGGACCGCACUCAGCGCAGCCUCGGGAGCGCACAUAGUGUUGGCUAACUAUGAUUUCACUAUCUGAAGAAAAAAAAUAUAUUUCACUGUGUAAAUUGACUGGAUAAAUUCACUGCAGUAUUAUGCCUAACACUGAGUUUAUGAAUUAUGGUCUAGCUUCUAGCAUAGGCUGUAGGUAACGGUACAUCUCCAGCCUGCCUGUCUGUCUUCAUUGCUCUGAUGAGUGUAACAGUAUAACUUUAGACCGUCCCCUCGCCCAUACCCGGGGGCGUACCAGGGACCCUCUGCACACAUCAACAACAGUCACCCAC